GCCGCCGCCUCCGCCGCCUCAGCAGCCAUGGCCGAGCGCCGCGCCUUCGCCCAGAAGAUCAGCAGAACUGUGGCAGCUGAAGUUAGGAAGCAGAUCUCUGGACAAUAUAGUGGUUCUCCCCAACUGCUCAAAAACCUCAACAUUGUUGGCAAUAUAUCCCAUCACACCACAGUGCCCCUUACUGAAGCAGUAGAUCCAGUAGAUUUUGAAGAUUACCUCAUUACUCAUCCUUUAGCUGUGGAUUCUGGGCCUUUAAGGGAAUUAAUUGAAUUUCCUCCAGAUGAUAUUGAAGUUGUUUAUAGUCCUCGGGACUGCAGAACACUUGUUUCAGCUGUACCUGAAGAAAGUGAAAUGGAUCCACAUGUUAGAGAUUGUAUAAGAAGUUAUACAGAAGACUGGGCAAUUGUGAUCAGAAAAUAUCAUAAACUGGGAACAGGAUUUAAUCCCAAUACAUUAGAUAAACAGAAAGAAAGGCAAAAAGGUUUGCCAAAACAGGUCUUUGAAUCUGAUGAAGCUCCAGAUGGCAACAACUACCAGGAUGAUCAAGAUGAUCUUAAGAGACGUUCAAUGUCAAUAGAUGAUACUCCAAGGGGUAGCUGGGCCUGUAGUAUCUUUGACUUAAAAAAUUCACUUCCUGAUGCUUUGCUUCCCAAUUUACUUGAUCGAACUCCGAAUGAAGAAAUAGACCGUCAGAAUGAUGACCAAAGGAAAUCAAACCGUUACAAGGAACUCUUUGCUUUGCAUCCAUCACCAGAUGAGGAAGAAUCAAUAGAAAGGCUUAGUGUUCCCGAUGUACCCAGAGAACAUUUUGGUCAAAGACUUCUUGUAAAAUGUUUAUCACUCAAGUUCGAAAUUGAAAUUGAACCCAUUUUUGCAAGUUUGGCUUUAUAUGAUGUCAAGGAAAAGAAAAAGAUUUCAGAAAACUUUUAUUUUGACCUUAAUUCUGAGCAGAUGAAAGGAUUAUUACGUCCACAUAUACCACCUGCUGCCAUAACCACCCUGGCCAGAUCAGCUAUUUUUUCUAUCACUUAUCCCUCCCAAGAUGUUUUUCUUGUAAUAAAGCUAGAAAAAGUUCUACAACAAGGAGAUAUUGGAGAGUGUGCAGAACCAUAUAUGAUUUUCAAAGAAGCAGAUGCCACCAAGAAUAAGGAAAAAUUGGAGAAGCUGAAAAGUCAAGCUGAUCAGUUUUGCCAAAGACUUGGGAAAUAUCGCAUGCCUUUUGCUUGGACUGCGAUCCAUUUAAUGAAUAUUGUUAGCAGUGCUGGGAGUCUGGAAAGAGAUUCUACAGAAGUAGAAAUCAGUACUGGAGAACGAAAAGGGUCUUGGUCAGAGAGGAGGAAUUCUAGUAUUGUUGGCAGACGAUCACUUGAAAGGACAACAAGUGGAGAUGAUGCUUGUAACUUGACCAGCUUUCGACCAGCUACUCUCACAGUGACUAAUUUCUUUAAGCAGUGGAUACCAAUGCUUCAGAAUGGACGAUUGAAGACUGGCCAGUUUUGCCUACCGGUCUCACUGGAAAAACCACCACAGGCUUAUUCUGUCCUGUCUCCUGAGGUUCCUCUACCUGGCAUGAAAUGGGUAGAUAAUCACAAAGGUGUUUUUAAUGUUGAAGUUGUUGCUGUUUCAUCUAUCCAUACACAAGAUCCUUAUCUUGAUAAGUUUUUUGCUCUGGUCAAUGCUCUGGAUGAACACAUGUUCCCAGUCCGAAUUGGAGACAUGCGAAUCAUGGAAAAUAACUUAGAAAAUGAAUUGAAGAGCAGUAUUUCAGCAUUGAAUUCAUCUCAGUUGGAACCAGUGGUCAGAUUUCUUCAUCUUCUGCUUGAUAAACUGAUACUUUUAGUUGUUAGACCUCCUGUCAUUGCUGGCCAAAUAGUUAAUCUAGGUCAAGCAUCUUUUGAAGCCAUGGCAUCUAUUAUAAAUCGACUUCACAAAAACUUGGAAGGAAAUCAUGAUCAGCAUGGGAGAAACAGCCUUCUUGCAUCAUAUAUCUAUUAUGUUUUUCGCCUACCAAAUACUUACCCUAAUUCACCAUCACCAGGUCCUGGGGGUUUGGGAGGAUCAGUGCAUUAUGCCACAAUGGCUAGAUCUGCUGUGAGACCUGCAAGCCUUAAUUUAAGUCGUUCUCGGAGCCUUAGUAAUAGUAAUCCAGAUAUAUCUGGGACUCCCACGUCACCAGAUGAUGAAGUUCGGUCAAUCAUAGGCAAUAAGGGUUUAGAUCGCUCCAAUUCCUGGGUUAACACUGGUGGUCCAAAAGCUGCCCCAUGGGGAUCCAACCCCAGUCCAAGUGCAGAAUCAACACAGGCUAUGGAUCGAAGUUGUAAUCGUAUGUCUUCGCACACAGAGACGUCAAGUUUCUUACAAACAUUAACGGGACGCUUACCAACUAAAAAGCUUUUUCAUGAGGAGCUGGCUUUGCAGUGGGUUGUCUGCAGUGGCAGCGUUCGGGAAUCAGCUUUGCAACAAGCCUGGUUCUUUUUUGAGUUAAUGGUAAAGAGCAUGGUACACCAUUUAUACUUUAAUGAUAAACUUGAUGCUCCAAGGAAAAGUCGUUUUCCAGAACGUUUCAUGGAUGACAUUGCUGCUCUUGUCAGCACAAUUGCUAGUGAUAUAGUUUCACGAUUUCAGAAGGACACAGAAAUGGUUGAAAGACUCAAUACAAGCCUUGCAUUCUUUCUCAAUGAUCUGUUGUCUGUUAUGGAUAGAGGAUUUGUUUUUAGCCUAAUAAAGUCCUGCUAUAAACAGGUGUCUUCAAAGCUUUAUUCAUUACCAAAUCCAAGUGUCCUGGUGUCCUUGAGGCUGGAUUUUCUACGAAUCAUCUGCAGCCAUGAGCACUAUGUUACGUUAAACUUACCCUGUAGCUUACUUACUCCACCUGCGUCUCCAUCACCUUCUGUUUCUUCUGCGACAUCCCAGAGUUCUGGGUUUUCCACAAAUGUACAAGACCAAAAGAUUGCAAAUAUGUUUGAAUUGUCUGUGCCUUUCCGCCAACAGCAUUAUUUGGCAGGACUUGUGCUAACAGAGCUUGCCGUCAUUUUAGACCCUGAUGCUGAAGGACUGUUUGGAUUGCAUAAGAAAGUCAUCAAUAUGGUACACAAUUUACUAUCCAGUCAUGACUCCGACCCACGGUACUCUGACCCUCAGAUAAAGGCUCGGGUGGCCAUGUUGUAUCUACCUCUGAUUGGUAUUAUUAUGGAAACUGUACCUCAGCUGCAUGAUUUUACAGAAACUCACAAUCAACGAGGAAGACCAAUUUGUAUAGCGACGGAUGAUUUUGAAAGUGACAGUGGAAAUAUGAUAAGCCAGACCGUUGCGAUGGCAAUUGCAGGAACAUCGGUCCCUCAAUUAACAAGGCCUGGCAGUUUCCUCCUCACAUCAACGAGUGGCAGACAACACACUACCUUUUCUGCAGAAUCAAGUCGGAGCCUUUUGAUCUGUCUACUUUGGGUUCUCAAAAAUGCAGAUGAAACAGUUCUACAAAAGUGGUUUACAGAUCUCUCAGUCCUGCAGCUAAACCGGCUAUUAGAUCUGCUUUAUCUCUGUGUAUCUUGCUUCGAGUACAAAGGAAAAAAAGUGUUUGAAAGAAUGAAUAGUUUGACCUUUAAGAAAUCAAAAGACAUGAGAGCAAAGCUUGAAGAAGCUAUUCUUGGGAGCAUAGGUGCUAGGCAAGAAAUGGUGCGCCGAAGCCGAGGACAGCUCGGUACGUACGCAAUAACUUCUCCUUCUGGUGAGGAUUUUUUCAAUUUCCUUGAAUCAUAUAUUGCAAAUAUUGAAAAUGAUUUCAAGUUUUUCAUUUCUGUGCAUCCGUCAAGAGCAGAGAUUGAACAUGAAGCAUUGAUUGAUGGAAACCUGGCUACUGAAGCAAACUUAAUCAUUUUGGAUACAUUAGAGAUUGUUGUUCAGACUGUUUCUGUAACAGAAUCCAAAGAGAGCAUCCUUGGUGGGGUGCUAAAAGUGCUAUUACAUAGCAUGGCCUGUAACCAAAGUGCAGUUUAUCUGCAACACUGUUUUGCUACACAGAGAGCCUUGGUUUCAAAGUUUCCUGAACUCUUAUUUGAAGAAGAGACAGAGCAGUGUGCUGAUUUAUGCCUCAGGCUUCUCCGACACUGUAGCAGUAGCAUCAGUACCAUACGGUCACAUGCUAGUGCCUCCCUUUACCUACUAAUGAGACAAAACUUUGAGAUUGGGAAUAACUUUGCCAGAGUUAAGAUGCAGGUAACAAUGUCACUAUCCUCCUUGGUGGGCACAUCUCAAAAUUUUAAUGAAGAAUUCUUGAGACGUUCUCUAAAGACUAUAUUGACAUAUGCUGAAGAAGAUCUGGAAUUGAGGGAAACAACAUUUCCUGAUCAGGUACAAGAUCUGGUUUUCAAUCUCCAUAUGAUCCUUUCUGAUACUGUUAAAAUGAAGGAACACCAGGAAGAUCCUGAAAUGUUGAUUGAUCUAAUGUACAGAAUUGCCAAAGGUUACCAGACCUCUCCAGAUCUGCGACUGACCUGGUUACAGAACAUGGCUGGCAAACACUCAGAACGAAGCAACCAUGCUGAAGCUGCGCAAUGUCUGGUCCACUCAGCAGCACUUGUUGCUGAAUAUUUGAGCAUGCUGGAAGACAGGAAAUAUCUUCCUGUAGGAUGUGUAACAUUUCAGAAUAUUUCAUCUAAUGUUUUAGAAGAAUCUGCAGUCUCAGAUGACGUGGUAUCUCCAGAUGAAGAAGGUAUCUGCUCUGGAAAGUACUUUACUGAGUCAGGACUUGUGGGAUUGCUGGAACAAGCAGCUGCUUCUUUCUCUAUGGCUGGCAUGUAUGAAGCAGUUAAUGAGGUUUACAAAGUACUCAUUCCUAUUCAUGAAGCUAAUCGGGAUGCAAAGAAACUGUCCACAAUUCAUGGUAAACUUCAAGAAGCAUUCAGCAAAAUUGUUCAUCAGGAUGGUAAGCGGAUGUUUGGCACCUAUUUUCGUGUUGGUUUUUAUGGAACCAAGUUUGGGGAUUUGGAUGAACAAGAAUUCGUUUACAAGGAGCCUGCAAUAACGAAACUUGCAGAGAUAUCUCACAGAUUGGAGGGAUUUUAUGGAGAAAGAUUUGGAGAGGAUGUGGUUGAAGUAAUCAAGGACUCUAAUCCUGUAGACAAGUGUAAAUUAGAUCCUAACAAGGCAUAUAUUCAGAUUACCUACGUGGAGCCAUACUUUGACACAUAUGAGAUGAAGGACAGAAUCACAUAUUUUGACAAAAAUUAUAAUCUUAGACGUUUCAUGUACUGUACACCCUUCACUUUAGAUGGUCGUGCCCAUGGGGAACUUCAUGAACAAUUCAAAAGGAAGACCAUUCUGACUACUUCUCAUGCCUUUCCUUAUAUUAAAACAAGGGUCAAUGUCACUCAUAAAGAGGAGAUCAUCUUAACACCAAUUGAAGUUGCUAUUGAAGACAUGCAGAAAAAGACACAGGAGUUGGCAUUUGCAACACAUCAGGAUCCAGCAGAUCCCAAAAUGCUUCAAAUGGUACUCCAGGGAUCUGUAGGCACAACGGUUAAUCAGGGGCCUCUGGAAGUUGCCCAGGUUUUCCUAUCUGAAAUACCCAGUGACCCAAAGCUCUUCAGACAUCAUAAUAAACUUCGACUCUGCUUUAAAGAUUUUACUAAAAGGUGUGAAGAUGCCUUAAGAAAAAAUAAGAGCUUAAUUGGGCCAGAUCAAAAGGAGUAUCAAAGAGAACUGGAGAGAAACUAUCAUCGCCUUAAAGAGGCCCUACAGCCACUGAUAAAUAGAAAGAUCCCUCAGUUAUAUAAGGCAGUGUUGCCUGUUACCUGCCACAGAGAUUCCUUCAGUCGAAUGAGUCUUCGCAAAAUGGAUCUCUAAGAUAAAUGCACUUGUUUUACUCAUUUGAAAAGAGCCAUGUAUUCAACAUUGAGUGUGAAAAGAAGUUAAGAUCUACUGAAAAAUAAGAUAGGAUGGAAUUCUGGAAAUUAUAAGUUGAUUUACUCAUUGAAGAAUGCAGUGGCCAAAACAAUAUCAAAUGUAGAUUGUUAAAGUUUGAGAAUCAUGGCUAUGGUUUCUAAUGUUCUGGUAACAUACUGUUAUCUUUUUUUAAAGACAUUUUAAUGACUCAAAGGUACACUAUACAUUUACCAUUAUUUAUACCAUAGCUAAUGUUAAAUUUAUUUACUUUAAGUUCAUAUUUCUUAAUUUAUAUUACCACUUCUAGAUUGAUUUUGGAACCAUUUUAAAUGUAGUAAUGCUUAUUUUAAAGGUACUAUUAAAUAUGUGAAUGUUUACACUAA